AUGGCGAUGCAGCCAGCGGCAGCGUCGCACUUCGCUCCCCUGCUGCGGCUGCUGGAGACGGCGAACUCCAAUGCCUCUGCUGCUAUUAAAGUCACUUCCGCCGACCCCUUCAGCUACGAGUACCCUCUUCUCGUUCGAAACUCAGCCGCCACGAAGGCCACUGUUGGGCUUAUGCUCAAGGGAACAGUCAUCGACAACAUCAUGAUUGGCGGUCCAGGCAUGAACUGCAGGAAACUUGCCAUCGGCGAUGAGAUCCUCAAGGUCGACGGCAUUGUGGCAGAUGUUGACAACGUGGUGGAUCUCUUGGUCGGAACAGACGUCCCCGACAGUCCUGUGAACCUUCUCAUUCGCAAGAAGAACGGCACGCUGGAGGAUAUCAGUAUCAUCAGGAUGGCAACUUCCAGGAUCGCAGACAGGAGGCAGAUGUUUGAGUACUUCACUCACAUCAAGGACAUCGCCGUUAAGGUCAGCGACACGAGGACAGCGGAGCUCGUGGAUGCCACUGUGGACCUUUGGAGCAAGAUGCUACUUGCGCAGGAAGAUUACAACAGCACGGUGGUGACGAAUGUGAGACAGAUGCAGCUCAACAUCGAGAUGCUCUUGAAAGAACUCGUCGCUGCGCUGGAGGACCUGUUUGCGAAAGCGAGGGAUGAGAAAGAGUAUUUCUAUCGGGAGGAAACAGAUUUCUAUCAGAUGAUCUCCGAGCUGAAGCAAAGAAUCAUCGUCGUCGAGGCCGAAAGAGACGAGGCCAUCUACAAACACAAGCCUUGCGAGCUCAAUAUCCAGACUCUGCAACGAAGGGUUCAAGCCCUGGAGGAGCAGCUCGACAAGGUUGUGUUUGAGAUGUCAUCGUGGUCUGUUGGGGUAAUGAUCGACUCCGAAGGCAAUCAAAGAUCAUCUGCCUUGCGAUAG